GCCCUUUAUUCUCGUUUUUCAGAAAAAGAGGCCUUUUACGUUCAAUUUUUUUACAGUUUUCUUCAGAUUAUCGAGUGGCAGCUUCUGCCUCUGCGAAUCUAGUAAUUGCCACAAAUUCAAAACCCUAUUUUUUUUCCAUAAAUCGAUGAUGAGAGGUUCAAAGCGUUUGGCUGUUUCCGAACCCAAUCAUACUGAUACUAACGAAACGCCCUUUAAGAAUAAAAGAAUAAUGGAAGGAUCUCUCUUUGAUGUCCAUAGGGCUGAACCAUCUCAACAACUGAUGGUGUCGACACCCCAAUUGGAUAUGAAACGUGCAGAGUCAUCCCAGCAGCAUGUGAGAGCUUUAAAUACCCAGUUUGCAAGUUGGGUUCAAACACAAUUAAAGAAUCAUCCUGAUGAGCUUUGGGAAGAUGGUGUCAGAGAUUACUUAGAUCAUGCUACAAGCAUUAUGGAAAAAUUUAGUGAUGUUGUCAACUGGCUCAAAGCAAAUGCCACCAAGGCACAAAAUUCGGCUCCUGAUGCUGGUGCUUCUUUUGGUGUGAAAAAGUUUUCGCCUGAAGUAGCCAACAAAGAAAAUAGUUUUUUUGGAGAAAAAACUGGAUCCACUACUGUUAGUACUGUUACAAAUUUUGCUAGUUCAUGGAACCCUGGACUAUUUUCAAACAAUCAAAACGUGUAUGCAUUUGGAAAUCAAAAUUCAGCUCCCAACAAUCACACUCCCUCCAAUCACAAUGCUUCAGAUGAUGUGGAUGCUGAAAAUGAAGUGGAGCAGCCCAGCAGCCCAUCAGUGAAGAAAUCAGAAGAGAAAGGUGUAGUAGUUGUACAUGAAGUGAAGUGCAAGCUUUAUGUGAAGUCAAGUGACCCAACAGAUAAAGAUGUAUGGAAAGAUAGAGGAAUGGGCCAGCUGUCCAUUAAAUGCAAAGAGGGGGUCGCCAAGGCUACCAAAGAGUCCAAACCUACAAUUGUUGUUCGAAAUGAGGUAGGAAAAAUUCUUCUUAAUGCCUUGUUAUAUCCUGGAAUCAAGACAAAUCUACAGAAGAACUCUCUUGUUACGAUAUUUCAUACUUCGGGUAAUGCUGAUGGUAGUGGUGGAGAUAAUGAUAGUGUUGUUGCACGUACAUUUUUGAUCCGGAUGAAAACAGAAGAUGAUCGAAAUAAACUGGCUUCAACUAUUGAAGAAUAUGCUCCAGUAUCUUGAGAAUCAUGAUUAUUGUGUCACCCUGGGCCAUGAAAAGUUACUGAAUAUGAAUUUUUCCCUUUCUCAAAAUAUGAAUUUUUCUUUAAAAAGUAUCAUUUUUUGCAAUUGUGUUGGACCUUGUGUUUAGAGGGUGUUGCUUAUGUACUAUCUAAAAUCCCGUAGAUCAAUGCAAUUGUUGUUUAGGUGUGAAUCUGAUAUUACAUGCUAUGCCUUUGACCCGCAGUUCAAUUUUUUUUUCCAUGAUACAAGCAAGGCAAGUUUCAAGUGGAACACCAUUUUAUGUUUUUUACUUUGUCUCAUUAUGUGUCUCAUUCUGGGGAAAAAAUGCUAUAAAGAACUUAACUAUCCUAUGAA